UCAGUCGGCCUUGCUGUUUCUCUCCAUUUCUACCAGCCAUGCAGGCUUGUUCAUGUGCCUCCCCCGCCCAGCGUUGGCGUCGGGCGGCUCCUCGCUCUCUGUCGUCUGGUGGUAGGCCGCCCUCCCUCUCCCCUUCCCUCGCCCUUGGCCCCUGCCUCGUGGCCUGCCUCCAUCUGUGCGGUCAUCGCCGCUCGAGCUAGCACCUCCCCAACCUCUACCGCCGUCAGACCCCAAGCCUUCUCCGCUGCCCCACCCCUCUCCACGACGACCCCCACCCACGCCGCUCGUCUUGCCCUCCUCCUCGGCCAUGAGGUACCGCGCCAGUGCCGUCACGUCCUCACCACUGCCCUGAUGCUGCUGGGGGUCUUCUCCCGGCCAGAUGCCGUUCUGGGGGACUCGGACCAU